AUGUCCACUCUUUUGCUUCCUUCUUUUCGUCGACAACAGCUUGUCCUGGACUUCUCUUCUCUCAAGGAUAAUUGCCCUGAGGGCCUCUAUCUCUCGCUUACCCCCGGUGACCCAUCUCUCUGGGCUGCGGUCCUCUUUGUACAUAAAGGGCCAUAUGCUGGAGCCGUUCUUCGCUUCCAAAUCUCCUUCCCCGACGAUUACCCUGAACAUCCUCCGGUGAUCACCUUCUCCACCGAUAUCUUUCACCCAUUGGUGGUACCAUUGACCACCUACACGUUCAGCACCAGUGUGGUGGAUGCAAUCGGCACUGUCAGCGCUUCAGAUGAGGAUCGCCUCCCCCCGGGAUCGUUCAGUCUACGCUAUGGGUUCCCACGGUGGUUUCUUCGUGUCCGCUCUUCGGACAGCAAAAGCGAUGCAACUGGUGGGACAGAAAAUGACAAGGAUCCGCAAAUAUCUCCGACCGUUUCAUUCCCAGGUCCCGGAAAUGCGGCUGAAGAUGCUCAGAUGAAUGAUGACAACCUGGACCGAAGAGACAUAAUCUUGAAAGUGCUGAACCAUGUUCAAGAGGCGUUUGAAAAUGAUGCAUUGUUGGACAACCUGCCGCUUGAUACUGCGGGCGACCCAAGUGCGUGGCAUGCCUGGCGCGCUCAUCGGGGUCUGGCGAGGCAGGCAAUUCAAUCAAAAAGUCCGGUAACUGGAAGCAAUGGUGGGAGUCCCGCUUCGCCCAAACAUCCUGGGGAAUGGAAAUGGGAUGGCGUAUGGGAAUCACGGGUGAAUAAUGGUAUCGAGGCCAGCAUCAGUGAAGCCACCCUUUUCGGCAACACAAGGGGUGGUCGAGCUGGAAGUGUUUCCGUCGACAUGGCAACAACAGAUCCUCGCCAGAAUUCUCUUGCCUGGGCGGACCGACAAAUCUGCUUUUCCAAACUAGACGACGAGCGCUUCGAAGAGCUCAAAGGCGAAUGGUCAAGUUAUGCCAGUACCAUGGCAUUGUGA